ACCAAGCAUGACGCAGGCGCUCCCAGAAUUCCUGAAAACGGUGACGAUCCCGCAAGAUCAGCUGGAGUUUGGGAAGGAGAUCACGGUGACCCAUACUGAAGUAGUUCCGGUGUCAGCGGAUGUGUACUGGUCCGGGUUCGAUGACUACUUCCAUCUGCAGGAGAAUGUGGGCAUGCACAAGAACAUGACAACUGUCAAGGGAGAUGGAGGGGUGGGGACCGUGAUCGAGUUUGACUUCUUAGGCGGAAAGACCCAAGAGGAGCUUGUCCAGAAGGACGAGGACACUAAGACUUGGGCCAUCGCCAUGCUGGGCAGCAACCCUCUCUUCACCACCUACUUAGCUACUGUAAAGGUGGACCAUGACUCAAGUGAGACUGCAAAAGUGACGAUGAGCAUCACGGGCAUUGUUGCCCUCCAGGACUUCGACAAGAGGAGGGCUCAUAUUGCCUUUACAAAGUACAUGCUGCGCAACCGCAUCAACGAGGUCCUCGGCCUAAUCGCUGACAAGGAUGGCAAUGUGCUGAAGUUUGAGAUUGAUGUCGACUGCCCCAUGAACAAGCUGUGGGACGCCGUGAAUGACUGGGCCGGGUACGCCUGGGUCAUGAACGCCACCGGUGUAGAAGUCGUCGCCGACCAACCGAACUACGACCUGCGGAGGAAGGUGUUCUUCGGCCCGGGGUUCGUGGAGGAACGUCUGGUCCUGGCCACUCCCAACAGUCUGGAGUACGAGUUUGGGAGGGAUGACCACAUGGGUGUUCUGCAUCAUCGCGGCAAGGUGGAAGUACAGAAGAUAAGUGACAAGAAGACGAAGGUCAACUACACCGCGACCUUUCUCCCGCAGCCUGGAAAGGACCCCAAACCCGGCAUCAAGGCUAACAUGGAUACUCGUCUGGGGUGGAUCCAGGAGACAUUUGCGGAGUAAUGGUGGUGCCGUGUGCUCUGAGGCAGUAGAGGCAUGCAAAUGGCGAGCAACUAUAGUGGAUACAAUGUAUGAACUGACUGCAGACGAAUAAAUACCGCUUAAAACA